AUGAUUGAAUUAGGUAAUGUACAUACAGAAUCUGUAGUAGAAUCAACAAUACAUUUAUUUAUAAAUGGUAUUGUAUUAACACGAUAUGUUGAUUUAUUCGAAAAAAUUAAUAAUACAUAUAUUAUUAAUUUACCUUCGGUUGAUCAUUAUGCAGUAAGAAUUCAAUUAGCAGAUUUUAUUGAAAAUUUAACAACAACACUUAAUUCAGUUCCAUUACAAUUUCUUUGUACAUGUAAUGCAAUAAAUCCAGCAACAACAUGUAGACUUGCAUCGGUUAUCACAGGUAUUAAACUUGAUUUAGCAUUACCUGGUGAUACUAUUACGGUUUGCCUCAAUACUCUUUAUACAGCAAUGUUUAACAAAACAUUAAAAUUUUGUGCUGUAGCAGUUGAUAAUAAUAAUUAUUCAUCAAAUCAAUAUUAUUUUAAUUUAUUUGUUGAUCCAACAAAAAUUUCAUCUACAACAUCAUCAACUACGUCAAUCAUAUCAACUAACACAACUUCAAUAACAACAACAAAUGAAUCAACUACGACUAUUACUGCAAUUGUUACAGAAUGCAAUUAUAUAUCACUAAUAACUGAACAAUCCUUAAUUGAACAACGAUUUGGUCAUCCAUGUAAUAUGUAUUGUUCACAUUGUCGACAAUCAACUGUUAAUUAA